UAGCGGAACACAGGGCUGAUGGCAGGCAGCAACCUGUCAACAACCCAGGCAUAGCUGGAACUAAAGUGUGCUGAGCCCUUUAUCAUCUGAUUUUUGUCAGUUUUUGCAGGUCCCUUGGUGCAGCAAAACAAGACUGCAGUGUUAUGGAAGAACCAUGAAGGCCCAAUUACAAGUCACUGUGCUUUCAGCCAAGCUUAAGGAAAACAAAAAGACCUGGUUUGGUCCCAGCCCUUACGUUGAGGUAGCUGUGGAUGGCCAGUCAAAGAGGACUGAGAAGUGCAACAACACACACAGUCCUAAAUGGAAGCAGGCUGUCACAGUAAUUGUCACCCCGGUCAGCAAGCUGAUCUUUCGAGUUUGGAGCCACCAGACACUGAAGGCAGACAUCCUGUUGGGAAUGGCCAUGCUGGAGAUCAAAGAGAGCCUUAAAGCUAACGACCUGAAAUUGUGUGAGGUGGUGCAGACGCUGCCGCUGUGCUCUGACCGAGACUCUCGGGAUGUUGUUGGCGACCUGUCAGUCUGUCUGGAUGGCAUGCAGGUAGACCCAGAGACCCUCGCCACUGCAGAGAGAGAACAUGCUGCUCUUCCAAAUGGAAACGCAAGGCAAAAUGGAGACACUGGCAACAGGUCAAGCAGGGACACAUCUCCCUCCAGUGACUCAGAGGAGUGGGUUAUCGUACCUAACGGUCAUCCUGCCAAUGGUACAGGGUCUCCUUCUCGAUCUCCAGGGGACUCCAACGCCUUGCGUCCUCCCAGACCAGCCCGAGCCCCUCCUCCUACGCCUCACAGACCUACAGCCUCACCAACCUCUUCUAGCAGUUCCUCCCCAAGCGAGCUGAGUGAAGCUCCAGCUUCCGAUGGCUCCUCCCAGGCGUCAGCUAGUGGCUGUUUAAAUCAGCAGGAUGACUCAGCAGCAGCAGCAGCAGCAACAUCAACAUCAACAGCAGCAACAGCUACUUCACAGACAGCAGCUGGACCCAAACCAGCAACAUCUGCCACAGCAGCUCCAGCCUCAGCAGUUCCGGCCACAACAGCUCCCAGAAUCACACCCAUAAACAACGGCCCCUUACCACAAGGAUGGGAGCAAAGGGCAGACCAGAAUGGACGGGUCUACUUUGUGGAUCACAUUGAGAAAAGGACAACCUGGGAAAGGCCUGAUCCUCUUCCUUCAGGGUGGGAGCGCAGGGUGGACCCGAUGGGUAGGGUGUACUAUGUCGACCACAUUACCCGGACGACUACGUGGCAGCGGCCCACGCAGGAGUCGGUGCGAAACUACGAAGAGUGGCAGCACCAGAGAAACCAGCUGCAGGGAGCCAUGCAGCAGUUCAACCAGAGGUUCAUCUAUGGGCUCCAAGACCAGCUGGCGGCGACGGCCAACAAAGAGUUUGACCCGCUGGGACCUCUGCCUCAUGGAUGGGAGAAGAGAACAGACACCAAUGGCAGAGUGUAUUUUGUUCAUCACCCGACUCGGACAACGCAGUGGGAGGACCCCAGGACCCAGGGGCUGCUGAACGACAAGCCCCUACCAGAGGGAUGGGAGAUGCGGUUCACUGUGGAUGGUAUUCCCUACUUUGUAGACCACAACAGGCGAACCACAACCUACAUAGACCCUCGCACAGGGAAAUCCUCACUUGAGAAUGGACCUCAGAUAACCUAUGUCAGGGACUUCAAAGCCAAAGUGCUGUACUUCAGGUUCUGGUGUCAGCAAUUGUCGAUGCCUCAGCACAUUAAGAUUAACGUCUCCCGGAAAACCUUGUUUGAGGAUUCAUUUCAACAGAUAAUGAGCUUCCACCCUCAAGAUCUGAGGCGGAGACUGUGGAUCAUUUUCCCUGGAGAGGAAGGCUUGGACUACGGAGGUGUGGCCAGGGAAUGGUUCUUCUUGCUCUCUCAUGAAGUGCUGAACCCCAUGUACUGUUUGUUUGAGUAUGCCGGCAAGGACAACUACUGUCUGCAGAUCAACCCUGCCUCCUACAUCAACCCUGAUCACCUCAAGUACUUCAAGUUCAUAGGACGCUUCAUUGCCAUGGCUUUGUUCCAUGGCAAAUUCAUCGACACAGGAUUCUCCCUGCCCUUCUACAAGCGCAUUCUGAACAAACCUCUGGCUCUCAAAGACCUGGAGUCCAUAGAUCCAGAGUUUUACAACUCACUCAUCUGGAUCAAGGAUAAUAACAUAGAGGAGUGUGGACUGGAAAUGUUCUUCUCUGUGGACAAGGAGAUCCUGGGCGAGGUCACCACCCACGAGCUGAAGCCCGAUGGAGGAAACGUCCAAGUAACUGAGGAAAAUAAAGAGGAGUACAUCAGGCUGGUGGCAGAGUGGAGGCUAUCCAGAGGGGUGGAGGAGCAGACUCAGGCCUUCUUUGAGGGCUUCAAUGAAGUUUUGCCCCAGCAGUACCUCCAAUACUUCGAUGCCAAGGAGUUAGAGGUGAUGCUGUGUGGGAUGCAGGAGAUAGACCUGGUGGACUGGCAGAGAAACGCGAUCUACAGACAUUACGCCCGCAGCAGCAAACAGAUCCUCUGGUUCUGGCAGGUCAGUACAUGCAGUUGCACUGUUUCGAAAAUCAUAACACUAAUUCCAUUUCCUUCCUUCUUUGAUCUAUUUUUGGUUUAG